AAACUUCGCGCACCAGGAAGUGUCCGGAGAGGCGAGAGCGGAGCCCCCUGGAGCAUGGAGGGCACUGCUGGCAGCGGGAUGGCCACCGACCGGGUGAAGAACCUGCAGAGCGAGGUGGAGGGGGUGAAAAACAUCAUGUCGCAGAACGUGGAGCGGAUCCUGGCGCGGGGCGAGAACCUGGACCACCUGCGGAACAAGACCGAGGACCUGGAGGCGACGUCUGAGCACUUCAAGACGACCUCGCAGAAGGUGGCCCGCAAGUACUGGUGGAAGAACGUCAAGAUGAUCGCCAUCAUCUGCGUCAUUGUGGCCAUCAUCGUCAUCCUCAUCAUACUCUUCGCCACCAACGUCAUCCCCACAUAGGCCACACCCCGCAGCCUCUUCCUCUUCCCCC